AUGGUGGUGCGUGUGAGAGAUGGCACAUGCGUGUGUUUUUCCCAGGUUUACUUCGUUGAGUGCUUGGUUGAAAGUUUUGUCAACACCCAGAAGCCAAAGUUUGCAUUUGGGGUCCUGGGGUUGAUGAUAAAGCGUGGUUUUGGGGUUAAUGUUUAUAAUGUGAAUCUUGUGUUGAAGGGUUUUUGUCGAAUUGGUGAUUGUGACAAGGCCAUGUGUUUGUUUCGUGAAAUGGGGAGGAAUUGUGUGUAUCCUGAUAGUUGUAGUUAUACUACACUUAUAAAUGGAUUAUGUAAAGCAAAGCGAUUGGAAGAAGCGAGGGAUUUGUUUGAGGCGAUGAAGGUUGGGGAUUGCAGGCAGAAUUUGGUGACAUUUGGUGCUUUGAUUGAUGGUUUUUGUAAGAAUGGGGCAGUUGAUGAAGGGUUGGAUUUGUUGGAGGAGAUAGGGAAGAAGGGUUUGGAUGCAUAUGUGUUUGUGUAUAGUGCUCUCAUUAAUGGCUUUUGUAACAAAGGUGAUAUUGAGAGGGGUAAAGAACUCUUUAAUAAGAUGUUGAAAAAGAAAGUUGCUCCGAAUGUGGUUACUUAUAGCUGUUUGAUGAAUGCUCUUUGCAAGAAUGAGAAGUGGCAAAAAGCUUCCAAAAUGUUGAAUGAUAUGACGGCUAGUGGAGUUCGUCCUGAUGUUGUUGCUUAUACAGUUGUAGCUGAUGGACUUUGCAAAAAUCGGAGGGCGUCUGAUGCACUCAAAGUGUUGGAUUUAAUGAUACAAAAAGGGGAAGAACCGAAUACUUUAACAUAUAAUGUCAUCAUAAAUGGACUUUGUAAGGAAGGUCGGGUGGAUGAUGCUCACAGGAUUCUCGAAAUUAUGGCAAAGAAGGGGAAGAAACCUGAUGUUGUUACCCACAACACAUUAUUGAAAGGACUAUGUGGAGUUGGAAAAAUUGAUGAGGCAAUGUGUAAGAACCCACACCGUUAA